CGUUAACCGACUUUCUGGACUGCAAUGGUCAACCGCUUGGGUCCCACGCAACUCCCAAGAUAUAAACCCUUCCGUUUCGCUCCAAAAUUUCGCACACUUUCGUUCUUUCCCCAAACAACGCAAAACGCAGAAGCUGAAGCGAUAGCACCAAUCGGUUCGAAUCUCGCCUCCAUCAAGACCUAGGGUUUCGUUCUCUCUACCGAGAUCGCAAGGAAACCUCCGCCUGAAACUUUUGCUCAAGCCUAAGGCGUUUUCACGGCUCCUGUACCGGUUGAUCUCGUGACGAUUAUAGUGUUCUGCUGUCCGCCGUCUUGAUCGAGGCCUUUUGCUUGUUGCCUCAGGUUUUAAUUGGUUGCUGUGAGAGGUGUUGCUCCGGUGACGCUGUUGUUUCGAGAUUUGAUUGCGGUGAUUACAAUAGGAGAACAUUAGUUUCCCGCUGUACUUGUAAGGUUGAUUCUGUUGUAGAAGCCAGAUUUGGCUCUGAUUGAACUCGAAUGAAUGAUUUUGAUUUGUUCUGUUGCUUGGCCUUUUCUCGCUAGUGAUUUGGUGAAUUUCUGCCUUCCUUUAAUCUUUCCUCCUUUUCUUUUAUCCGUUAUUCAUAACAUAGCUUUCUAUAGUUAAUUGCUGAAAAAAACAUCAUAAUACAGCAAUCAUCAUAAU